CUGAAUUUAGGCACAAGUAAAUGUCUACAACAAGUGAUUUGUCAAGCGGUCAUCCGUUAUGUAAGUGUGGAAUUCCUGCACGUCUAAGGUACUCUUGGACCACAUCCAAUCCCGCUAAAAAGUGGUAUGGAUGUAAUAACUACAAGAAAGCCGGUGAUUGUGAUUUUUUUGAAUGGGCUGAUAAGAAGAUGUCUGCAUACGAGAAGGGAUUAGCGCAAUAUCUGAAAGAGAUGGAGGAGAGAAGACAAGCUGACAAUGACAAAGUUGAGGAAUUAAUUGAAAAAAAAUGCAAGGAACAAUUAGUGCAACAUUUGAAAGAAAUGGAGGAGAAAGUUGAGGAAUUGAUUGAAAAAAAAUGUAAGGAACUAUUAGCGCAACGUAACGAGAAGAUGUUUCGUGUUUUGUUGUUAGUUGUCAUUUUGCUGUUUCACAAUUCACAGUCUGGCACGAUAAAAACAGAAAAGUAUGGGCCAUUAGGUGCAUAG